AUGGUAAGUGCAAUUUUUCGAGCUAUUUAAAACAUUUAUAAUAAAUUUGCCUCUGCAUAAUAUCAGCAAUGGAAAAAGUAAGAAAAUUAAAUAGAAUUGGAUUUAAUUUAAAUACCUGCACUUUUAAUAUCUUUUUUAUUCGUUUUAACGAGAUUGUUACUAACUUAAAGUGAUAUCUAACUAUAUACUCAACUUGCUAUUAAUUGUGGAUCACAUUUGAUAUUAUUCUUACUAAUAAAACUCCAUUAAUCUUGUAAAUCAGCAUAUUUGGAAAUAACACGAAUAUGUUAACUUUUACUUUUAAAUUGGUAUUGCUAUUAUUUCUAUUCAUCAAACUCAUCUUUUUUAUUGAUUUAUACAACUAUUAAUGUGGUUUAAUUCAAUAUAUCAUAUACUGUAUCCUUUAAAUUGAUUCAUUUAGGAAUUUUUGUGACUGGUUAUCUGUUGAUAAUUGUAGAAAAAUCUAAUGAAAGCUUAGGUAUUGUUAUAUCAAUCAUACUAUUACAUAUUUUGAGAAGGGAAUAAAAUUUAAUGUCAAUUUAUUCAAAAAUACAAGCAUUGUUUCUAAUUAUAGAUUCAUUUCCUUCAGCCAUGUGUAUUGUAUAAAAAAAUAAAAGUCAGUUACUUUAUUCAAAUAAAAGUUUUGAAAAUUUAUCAUUAACUCUUGAAGGAACUAAUAGUUCAGAAACAGAUCAAUCACCUGAUAGGAUUUAAAAUUAUUCAAAAUUGCAAUUAAAUUUUUUAUCUAAUCUUUAAUUGGCAGAACUAAAUCAAAAAGGAAUGUCACAAAUAGAUUUUGGAGAUGAAUUUUAGAUAGAUUAAUUUAAAAUAAGAAAAGUUAUAUAUAAAAAAGAAGAAUAAAGUCCUGAUAGUUCCAAGAAAUUAAUAUAUAAUUUAAAUUAGAAUGAGAAACCAAAUAAAAAAUUAAAAUAUCAAUAAGAAUUUUUUUAAACAUUCACAACAAAAAAUGAUGAAUCAGUUAUUAAAAAAUAAUAUACUGCAGAUAUUGCUUUGCUUGUUUAAUUAAGACAUUAACCUUAUUUAUUUUAAAAAAAGAAACAAACAAAGUUAUCAUCAAAUAGAAUAAGUAUAAAUAAACCUUCAACACCAACAAGUGGUAAAAUGUCAUUUGAAUAAAUGCUUAGAGAAAAUGCUUAUUAAAAAAAUCAUGGAUAAUCUCCCUCUACAAUGUAACAUGAAAUGAAGUUUCUAAUUCACGUUAUAGAAGAUUAUAAAUUGUUUAAUGAUGAUGAUGAAUUAUAGCUAUUUUAUUUAUAAGAAUUAAAUCCAGUUCUAUUAUAAACAAGCUUAAAAAAAUUAGAAUCUGUUAAAAAGAAUUUGUUAAGAUCAAUUUCACAUGAAUUAUUGACUAAUUUAAAUGCUGCUUAUGGUUAUAUAAAAUAAUGUUAAGAUAGAUUAUUAAAAGGUGAAGAAAUGUAAGAAUAAUUGGCUUGUGCAUUGAGAUACACUAAAUUGUAAUUAUUUAAAGUUUAAGACUUUUUUGAUUAUAGAUAUUUAUUAGAUGAUAAAUUAAAAUUAAGAGAAGAUAAAUUUGAAUUAAUUAAUGCAAUUACAGAAUGUGUUGAUUUAAUUAAAGAUCAAAUAUCAAGAAAAUAAUUGAGUUAUGAAUUAGAUAUUCCAGAUAAUUGUACUUACAUAAUAUAAGGAGAUAGAUAAAGAUUUUGUUAAGUUAUUUUAAAUUUAUUAACUAAUGCCAUUAAAUUUACUUUACAUGGAGGAAUUACAGUUGAAGUGAAGAAAAAAAAAUAUAUUCCUUCUUGUUUUGGUAUAAUAGAUGAAGUUUAAUCCUAAAUCUAUUUGGAAGAUCCUAAUUUAUUGGAAAUCCAUAUCAAAGAUAGUGGAGUAGGUAUGGAUGAAGAUGAAUUAGUAACAUUAAGAAAAAAGGUAUUAUUUUUAAAAAUAAAUUAAUUAGUUACAUGUUGCAGAUGAAGAUGAAAAGGUUUCAAAAUAAUCAGUAGGUAUAGGAUUAGGUUUAUAAGUAUGUAAAUCUAUUAUUCGUUAAUUGGCACCUUCUCAUUUUAAUUUAUUAUUUGUAGAAUCAGUUAAAGAUAGUGGGUCUUAAUUUUAUUUUUGUUUAAAGUAUUUAGAGGAAAAAUCUUCAAUUUAAAAGUCAUAAUAAUUAACAAUACCAUUGUAAGAAGCUUAGAGUGCAUCUGUUAAAGUUUUGAAUUAUAAAAAGGGACACUCUUAAAAUGGAAUGAAUUUCUUUAAGAAAUGUAAUUCACAUGAUAUCUCAAUUGAAAUUCCAAAAAAAAAAUAAUUUUAAUGUAAUUGCUAAACUAUUUUAAUUGUUGAUGAUGAAUAAUUUAAUAUUGAUAUAGUUGGUUUCAUUAUAAAAGAAAUGGGAUUUGAAAUUGAAUUUGCAUUUAAUGGUAAAUAAGCUGUAGAAAUGAUCUCGAAAAAAUUAUAGGACAAAUGUAGUGGAAAAUGUACUGGUUAUCAUUGUAUUUUGAUGGAUAUUAAUAUGCCUAUAAUGAGUGGUUGGGAAGCUGUUUAAAUAAUUAGAUAGAUUGAGUGCCAAUUAUAAUUGAUUAGAGCUAUACCAGUGAUUGCAGUCACAGCUUUUUGUAGUAUUUUUGAUUAAGAAAAAAGUAUAAAUGAAGGUUUUGAUGGAGUCAUUAUUAAGCCAGCUACAAAAGAAAAAAUCAAAACUAUUUUCGAAAAUCUAAAUCUAUGA